CACCAUUCACCAUGUGCUUUAGAGUGAAAUUCUACCCACACGAGCCCUUGAAGAUUAAAGAAGAGCUCACAAGGUACCUCCUGUACCUGCAGAUUAAGAGAGAUAUUUUCCACGGCCGGCUGCUGUGUUCCUUCUCUGAUGCUGCCUACCUGGGUGCCUGUAUUGUUCAAGCUGAGCUCGGUGAUUUUGAUCCUGAUGAGCAUCCUGAGAAUUACAUCAGUGAGUUUGAGAUUUUCCCCAAGCAGUCACAGAAGCUGGAAAGAAAAAUAGUGGAAAUUCAUAAAAAUGAACUCAGAGGCCAGAGCCCACCGGUUGCUGAAUUCAACUUACUCCUGAAAGCUCACACUUUGGAAACCUAUGGGGUGGAUCCUCACCCGUGCAAGGAUUCAACAGGCACAACAACAUUUUUAGGAUUCACUGCUGCAGGCUUUGUAGUAUUCCAGGGAAAUAAGAGAAUCCAUUUGAUAAAAUGGCCAGAUGUCUGCAAAUUGAAGUUUGAAGGGAAGACAUUUUAUGUGAUUGGCACCCAGAAGGAGAAAAAAGCCAUGUUAGCUUUUCAUACUUCAACACCAGCUGCCUGCAAACAUCUUUGGAAGUGUGGUGUGGAGAACCAGGCCUUUUAUAAGUAUGCAAAAUCCAGUCAGAUCAAGACGGUGUCAAGCAGCAAGAUAUUUUUCAAAGGAAGUAGAUUUCGAUAUAGUGGGAAAGUGGCCAAAGAGGUGGUGGAGGCGAGCUCCAAAAUCCAGAGGGAGCCUCCCGAGGUGCACAGGCAGAGGAGACCGGGGGAGGUUGGAGUCACCAGCAUGGCAAAAUGCUUGGUCAAGAUCCAGACUCGACGCAGCCUCCACUUGCACAUGGUGAACCACUGCAGCGGGAACGUGUUUGUCCGUCUGCUGAGACACGGCUCCAAGGUCACAGCUCGGAACGCCGCCUCCUCCCAGCAGGAUGGUGCGACGGCUGUUUUUGUGCCGCAGCUCUGGAGGUUGAAUGGGCAUUUCACGGUGGUGUCAGGGCAGGGCGCCUCCAAGGGAACCAGCACGGUGGGUCCCAGUGAUGCCUCCCAGCCUCCCAGCACGGAGAAGGGCCUCACACUCACAGGGUGA